UCCGCCACGCGGGCUCCGGAAGCGAAUUCACCGCCAUGGCGCGGAACGUGCUGUACCCUCUGUAUCAGCUGGGUGGCCCACAGCUCCGGGUGUUCCGAACCAACUUCUUCAUCCAGCUGGUGCGACCUGGCACGGCCCAGCCCGAGGACACUGUGCAGUUCCGGAUUCCCAUGGAGAUGACCAGGGUGGACCUCAGGAAUUAUCUUGAACGAAUUUACAAUGUGCCUGUGGCUGCUGUGCGGACGCGUGUACAGCAUGGCUCUCACAGGAAAAGGGAUCACAGAAAUGUCAGAAUAAAGAAGCCAGAUUACAAGGUCGCCUACGUGCAGCUGGCCCAUGGACAGACCUUCACAUUUCCAGACCUGUUUCCUGAGAAAGACCCGCGGCUUGAAGGCAGCUCUGUCGAUGAAGCCCAGAGCACGUUCAUGGCGGACGAGCAGCAGAGACAGGGCAGCGACCCCCAGCGUGGUGGCGUCCCCAACUGGUUCAGCCUGUGAUAGGGCAACUGAGUGGUUUGACAGCCCAAAUAAAAGUUCUGCUGUGUGGAGGAAGGACUGGA